UCAUGGCGGCGGGCGGAGGACGUCCGUUAAAUGACCCGGAUUGAGCCUGCGUCAAAAAUCCAGCAUCUCCGCCUUCGAGUUGCCUGCAGCGUCUCUGUCGCUGCCCCUCAGUGUCGGCCUGUGCAUGAGGGGCCGGGACUGUCGGAAAUGUCAAUUGCCGAGGCUGAACGGCGGGCCGUUUGCGAUGAGAAGGGACGUUUAGUUAUGGGAUUUGAGGAAAUGGCCGAGGCAUUGAACAGGUAUUUUGUCAGUCUUCACAGCAGAGGACACGAAUAACAUGCCAGCAAUUGACAGAGACCAAGGUUUCAGUCAGAAUGGCUGGACAAUGGAGACACCGGACAGGGUGACAGGUAGGGAAGGGAAGAUCACUCUUCUGAUCUGUAAGUUCACUCAUCCUCACCCAGGAUAUCAAGGAAACAUUACUGUUACAUGGAAGAAGAUGUGGACUAAUCUGGUGCUUUACAGUUACACAAACUAUCCAACGCUGAACUCGCAGAGCGUGGUGUUUGAGAAUAUGAUCCACCAGAAUAUUAAUGAGCGUUACCAAGCACUGGGAAAUCCAAGGGAGAAUGAUGCUUCCAUAAUCAUCAAACAGCUGUCUCUACAUGAUAACUAUCAGCAGUAUCUUUGCCUUGUGAAUCUGAGUCACUAUCCCAAUGAAACAUCACAGAGCUCAGGUCAAACAAUUAUUGUGAUACCAGCUGUGAAAAAUGAUUCGGUGCCAGUGACUGGGAAGAAGGGAGGUUCUGCUACGCUGCCCUGUGCCUUUAACCCCCCCGAGUGGCUGUCCCAGUCCGUCACUGUCCUCUGGAUGAAGGACAAUCCACAUGAGGAGUCCACUGUCUUGAAUCAGACUCGUUCCCUCAAUGCUAGUUCUCAUUACACUGACUCGGUCACUGUAAAUGAAGGACAGCAAUAUGAACUGAUUGGAGACCUAACCCAAGGAGACGCCUCCAUCAGGAUAAGAGACCUGCGGCUGAACGAUUCCAGUGAUUAUUUCUGUCGUGUCCACAUCAGGAUUGAGAAUCAGGAAAAUGUGACUCAGGAUGUGUUGAGACUCCAGGCAUUCGCUCCAGCCACAAUCCUGAAGCUGUCAUCUGUGAGAGAGAACGGAAUUGGAAACACCAUCGUGUGCCAGGUGGAAGGAGAGCCACUUGCCAACAUCACAUGGGUAGACCCUGAAGGCAGCCUCGUGCCUGGGGACAGCAGGGACACAAUAGUCAGCCGAGUGCCAGGGAGACAUCAGACCCUGGGAAAGUUCCGUAACCCGGCACUAAGAGGGACGUACAGCUGUGUGGCUGAAAACGAACAUGGGAGGGACACUCGUCAGAUUGACUACCCCUCCACUGGUGACAACUACUCCAAUUUCAUCGUGGGAAUGCUGUGCCUGAUUCCUUUAAUCAAAUUUCUCCUCCUUCUGGUGACGGGGAUCAUUCUCUUCAUGAAGAUAAAAGAUUAAUUGACCGUCAAAUGGAAUGAGAGACACCCAUAACCCUUUCUUAUUCCCCUGCCUCAUCAUACCGGGAUCUUAUACUGAAUAUGACUCACAAUCAGCCAUCCAGGGUAGAAGUUUGUCUACCCCUUUUCCCUGCUUUUACUUUUUCGUUCUGUGGUCGAUGAGUGGUCCUGAGGGAGUUCUGCACCAUUGAGAGGCACCAUCUUGCUGGUGGGUGGGAUGUUAAGAUGGGGUCCUACCUGACUUCUUUGGUGGGAGUGAAAGGCCACAAAUUCACUAUUUCGAUGAAAAUCACCCUGGGAUCCUGACUAAAAUUUAUCUCUCAGCUAGUGUCAUGAAAAUAAAAUAGUCCUGUGGUUGUGGGA